GGCGUCAUUAUGACUAUCAAAGUUAUCGCCAAGAGGCUCAGCCUCCAGCCUCGCGCGGCGACGAACAGCAGCAAGGUUGGUCCGCGACUAGCAGCGCUCCCACUCGCCGGCCUGAAUACCCGGGGCCGCAGAAAGCUGAGAUGAUGGAAAGAAUAAGAAAAGAGAUGAUUCUGAUGGAGAGAGGGCUCCACAGCCCUACAGCUGGGAAGAGAUUCUCCAAUUUGUCCGACUCUGCUGGCAGCGCGGUGCUCGAGGCCCUGGAAAAUUCGCAGCACCCAGCUCGCCUCAGUCCUCGCCUCCCGUCUGCCCCCCUGCACGGCGCUCUGGGAGACCUCCCCGCCAAGGGCAAAUUCGAAAUAGACACUUUGUUCAACCUGCAGCACCCGAGCAGCGAAAGCACCGUCUCCUCCGAAAUCGCUCCGGCCACCGACAGCCGUAAGAAGCCGGGCCACUAUUCUGAGGCGGCCACGGAGGCCGACAUGAGCAGCGACGUGGAAGUGGGCUGCUCAGCGCUGCGCUCCCCCGGCGGCCUGGGCGCCGCGCCGCUCAAGGAAAACAAUGGCAAAGGGUACACCGAGAGCGGCUCGGCUCCGGGCACCACGACGUCAGCGUCGGGCUCCGGCCUAAGCAGCCUGCAUGGAGGCGGCGGCGGCGGUAGCGGCGGCGGGGGCGCAGCGUUGGGCGGCUCAGGCUCGGGCGCAGAUCAGGUGCGACGAUACCGGACGGCGUUCACCCGCGAACAGAUCGCGCGUCUGGAGAAGGAGUUCUACCGGGAGAACUACGUGUCGCGGCCCCGCCGGUGCGAGCUGGCCGCUGCGCUCAACCUGCCCGAGACCACCAUCAAGGUGUGGUUCCAGAACCGGCGCAUGAAGGACAAGAGGCAGCGCCUGGCCAUGUCGUGGCCGCACCCGGCCGACCCCAGCUUCUACACCUACAUGAUGACGCACGCGGCGGCCACCGGAAGCCUGCCCUACCCGUUCCACUCGCACGUGCCGCUGCACUACUACCCGCACGUGGGCGUCACGGCGGCCGCGGCGGCGGCGGCGGCCUCGGGGGCGGCGGCGGCCGCCUCGUCUCCCUUCGCCACUUCCAUCCGUCCGCUGGACACCUUCCGCGCCCUGUCCCACCCUUACUCGCGGCCCGAGCUGCUGUGCAGCUUCCGACACCCGGGGCUCUACCAGGCGCCCGCCGCCGCCGCGGGGCUCAACAGCGCGGCGUCGGCGGCCGCGGCGGCGGCUGCGGCGGCGGCGGCGGCCUCCUCGGCGGCGGCGGCGGGCGGAGCGCCCCCCAGCGGCGGCUCGGCGCCCUGCUCGUGCCUCAGUUGCCACAGCAGCCAGUCGGCCGCCGCCGCCGCCGCAGCCGCCGCCGCCGCCUUGGGCUCCCGAGGGGUCGUCGGUGGUGCGGGCGGCGGCGGCGGCGGCGGAGGAGGAGGCGGUGGCGGUGGCGGAGGCGCAGGGGCCGCGGGAGGCUCGGACUUCGGCUGCAGCGCCGCGGCGCCGCGCUCCGAGAGCGGCUUCCUGCCCUACUCGGCCGCCGUGCUCAGCAAGACCGCCGUCAGCCCGCCGGACCAGAGGGACGAGGCGCCGCUCACCAGAUAA